AUGAGUUACUCUGCCACAGCAAGUCGUCGCAUUCUCGCAAUCAAUAACACUGGUUCUACCAAGCGUAAAGUUCGAGGAGUUACUAAAGGUUUGUCCGUCCAAAAAAAGAGACAGUCUUCUGCCAAAUUGGAUGUCGUUAUCCAUCCUACAAGAAAUCGUAUUGUGGGUGACAAUGCAAAGGAUUUCAAGACGGAAGCAUGUGUGAUUGUGAAGCAAUAUGCACAUGUUCAAUACAAAUGUUGGAAGGAUAUUCCAAUGGACAUUAAGAGAAAAAUGUUAUCCGGAAUGAAGCAAAAGUUUAAUUUGGCCGACGAUCUUAAAGUUACACAAGUGGUGUUCCAGCAACUCAACCGUCAAUACAGGAGUUAUCGACAUAAAUUACACCUACACUACCUUCAGAACAAAGGCAAAAGCGACAAUCCUCCAAGUGGAGUUAAUCUUGAGGAUUGGAAGACAUGUAUUGAAUAUUUUGAGAGUGAUGCGUUUAAGAAAAUGAGCGAUAGAAAUAAAGAGAAUAGGAAAAAGUUGCAGAUGAAUCAUGCAUGUGGAACAAAAUCCAUUGCACAAUUUUGCUACGAAGAGCGUGAUAAUGAAACUGGAGAGGAGCCUAGUCGCACAACUGCAUGGAGAUUAAGCCGUUAUAGUAAUGCGAAAAAGGGAUGGAUCGAUGAAGCCUCUAAGGAAGUUUAUGACAAUCUUAUGAAGUUGCAAACUGAAAACAUUGAAGAUGAGGAGGGUCCAAUGUUAGAAGAUGAAGCUUUCGUCAAGGUUCUUGGGGAGGAAAAAUCGAGCCGACUUUGUGGAUGUGGAGAUGGAUUGAAGCCACCAUCCAAAAGAGGAGAGAGGAUUAAUCUUGAUUUGCAAAAGGAGAAUGAAGAGCUGAAGAAAAAGAAUGAAGAGUUGGCCUCCCGAUUUGAGUCUUUAGAAGCUCAAAUUAACAAUCAGCAAGUGAAUAUACAAUCUCAAGUAGAAGAACUUUUGAGAGCUCAACUCCCUGCUAUCAUCCAAGGCCUAAAUCAAAGUCAAGUCCCACAUUCUAAGUAG